CCUUUCAUUUCUACAGCUCCGCAGCCAACCUUCUCUCUCUGUGUGAGCUUCAGCAAAUCUGCAAAUGGAUCAGUCCUGACUCCUGAGCAGUCCUGAACGCUGUAAAAUCAUCAGAUUUCUUUCCUCUUUCAAAGUUUUCACCUUUCACUUGGCUCUUUCCUGUUAUCUCUGUCUCUCUCGGUGUCUCUUCGUUCGUGGAUCUUCCAUUUGGAUAUUCUAAUGGGCUGCAUUUUUCUUCUUUCUUUUCAAUAAAGCUUCCUAAACUUUUGGUUCCUAGAUGUAAAAUCCAUUCGAUGUAUUUUUUCCAGCUGUAAUUUAGCAUUUCUGCAGGGACGGUGUUUUAUUCUUAUUGAUUUUUCUUUUGGUUUGAGAUUUAUUUUUCAAUAUUUUUUCUCCACAAAACCAUUUGAUUCACAGAGACAUUUUUUUUUUUUUAAUUCUUCAUUUUUAGCAAUUCUUUUCGGGGUGUUUCCAAUUCUCAUCGCUUUGUAGCUAUUUGGAGGUUCGAAUUUAGCUCCGAAUCACCAUGGAUCCCGAGAGGAAGAAGGUUGUGGAACGCGUGGCGGUCUCGACCUUCCCGGACGAGGUUCUGGAACGAGUCCUGGUUCAGUUGAAGUCCCACAAAGACCGGAGCUCCGUCUCUUUGGUCUGCCACAGCUGGUACGACGCAGAGCGGUUUUCACGGACCCACGUGUUCAUCGCGAAUUGCUACUCGGUGACGCCGGAGAUCGUGUCCCGGCGGUUCCCGAACAUCCGGAGCGUGAGUUUAAAGGGGAAGCCCCGGUUCUCGGACUUCAAUCUGGUUCCUCCGAACUGGGGCGCCAAUAUUCGGUCUUGGCUGGUGAUGUUUGCGGCUAAGUACCCGUUUCUGGAGGAGCUGAGGCUCAAGAGGAUGACCGUUACCGAUGAGAGCUUGGAGUUUCUGGCUCUUUCUUUUCCCAAUUUCAAGGCUCUUUCGCUUUUUAGCUGUGAUGGCUUCAGUACUGAUGGGCUCGCAGCCAUUGCCACUCACUGCAAGAAUUUAGCCGAACUGGACAUACAGGAGAAUGACCUCAACGAUAAAAGUGGCAGUUGGUUGAGUUGCUUCCCUGAAAACUUCUCCUCAUUGGAAGUACUAAACUUUGCCAAUUUGAGUAAUGACGUUAAUUUUGAAGCCCUUGAGAGACUGGUUAGUAGGUGCAAAUCGUUGAAGGUUUUGAAGGUCAAUAGAAAUAUAACCUUGGAACAAUUGCCAAGGCUGCUUAUUCGUGCACCUCUAUUAACAGAGCUUGGUACAGGCUCAUUUUUGCAAGAGCAUCCAGCCUGUCAAUACUCUGAGCUUGAAAAUGCCUUCAACAAAUGCAUGAAUCUAAACACCCUCUCUGGUUUGUCAGAAGUUACAGCCUUGUCUCUUCCAGCUCUAUACCCUGCCUGUGCAAAUUUGACUUUCAUGAAUUUGAGCUGCGCUGCUUUGCAAAGUGGUGAAUUUGCUAAACUUCUUGUUCAUUGCCCAUGUCUUCGGCGCCUCUGGGUCCUGGACACAGUCGAAGACAAAGGUUUGGAGGCUGUUGGAUCCAACUGUCCUCUGCUUGAGGAACUUCGUGUCUUUCCUACUGAUCCAUUUGACGAGGAUACUUUCCAUGGAGUGACUGAAUCUGGGUUCAUUGCUGUCUCUUAUGGCUGCAGGAGACUAAGCUAUGUUCUCUACUUUUGCCGCCAGAUGACUAACGCUGCUGUAGCAACCAUUGUGCAGAACUGCCCUGAUUUCACUCACUUCAGGCUUUGCAUAAUGAAUCCAUGGCAGCCAGAUUACCAGACAAAUGAGCCCAUGGAUGAGGCUUUCUGUGCGGUGGUGAAAUCUUGCACUAAGCUUCAGAGGCUUGCAGUUUCAGGCUUAUUGACUGACCUGACUUUUGAGUACAUUGGGAAAUAUGCCAAGAACUUGGAAACCCUGUCAGUUGCUUUUGCCGGCAGCAGUGAUUGGGGUAUGCAGUGUGUAUUGGGAGGUUGUCCAAAACUGAGGAAACUUGAAAUAAGGGACUGCCCAUUUGGGAAUGCAGCACUGCUAUCGGGUUUGGAUAAAUAUGAAUCCAUGAGAUCACUAUGGAUGUCAGACUGCAAAGUAACAAUGAAUGGGUGUCGAGUGUUGGCAAAAGAGAUGCCCAGGUUGAAUGUGGAGGUGAUAAAGGUUGAUGGGAGUAAUGAGAGUCAAGCUGAUAAAGUUUAUGUUUAUCGAUCUGUUGCAGGACCAAGAAGGGAUGCCCCACCUUUUGUUCUCACCCUCUGAGGUAUGCAGAAUCCAUCCAUCGUAAGCUCCCUCUCUUACACUGUCACACACUCGAGAAGGGAUUAGAGUGCAAUUACCGCCUUGAGCUGCCUAGAAGAAUCUGCUUUGUCGCCUUUUGGUUUGCUUUUGGUGUCCCCAUGUUGGCUGUGGUUCAGAUUCCUCUUUUGUCUUUGGCAAUAUUCAAUCCCCAGCAUCUACUACUUAAUAGUUGUCUUUCAUUAGACAAGUUGACAUUUUUAAAUUAGUUGUAAAAUAAUUGUGCUUCGUUUGGUUAUACAGUUCAGAUGAUAUGAGAUGUUUUGUUGAAAGUUUAAUAAAAUAUUGUUAGAAUA